UUCUUGUCUAAUAUCCAUUAGGGCAUUCGAAUGUUUCACUUGUUUAUAUAAACGAUUAGUGUAAUUUCCUUCUUUUUAAUUAAAAAAAAGUAUAAUCAGAAGGCGAAGGAUGCAUAUCCUGCCAAGUUUUUGCAACUGUUUAACUAAGAAACUGGAUCUUAAUUAAUUAUGAUCAAAAGGGUAAUUAAUUAACAGCAACCCCUCUCAGAUUUUGACCUUUUUUUGUGGAUUUUAAUGGCUCCAUGAUCACGAUGAGGCAAUAAGUUAAGCUACAUAUAUAAUCUACACUUAAUUAAAACUAACCACAACUCAUUAUCUAUCUUUGGCUAACUAAACAAAUUCUUAACCAUAAGUCAGUACUACUUAAAACAAUACAAGAAAAACUCAACGUGCAUGCCUCUACUCUUCUUGUUCUUUUCUUAUUUAUCCCAUCCCCGCCACCAUCUCCCACUAAGCAAGCUCAUUUAGACUCCCAUCAAACACUUUGCCCGCUCACCUUCUCUUCACCAUCUACCUACCAUGGCUAACGCUUCGCUACCGCCACCUUCACUACAAUUGCCGCCGUCCUUGCCGGAACACACUUCCUUAUCACCCAACUCAGAGCCCUCAUCUCCUAGAUCCCCACGGUCUCCUCCUAGAUCAGCAAUCUCCCUCCAACAGCCAACCACCAAGAAAGGCCCUUCUAAGUCUGCCAAGAUUUUCCGCCGUUUCCGAGCAGUUUUGCGGUCAUUUCCUAUCAUAACACCGACUUGCAAGAUUCCUAUAUCACUCCCCGGAAGCCGCCUCCACGACGGGCAUAUCCAUGGUGGGACACGAAUGACUGGAACCUUAUUCGGCCACCGUAAAGCUAGGUUUAACCUAGCCAUUCAAGAAAAUCCAAGCUCUCUCCCUAUUCUAUUGCUUGAACUCACAAUACCCACCGGAAAACUCCUACAGGAUAUUGGAAUGGGGUUGGUGAGGAUCGCCCUGGAAUGUGAAAAGAAACCAAAUGAGAAGACCAAGAUUAUAAAUGAACCUAUAUGGACAAUGUAUUAUAAUGGCAGAAAAGCAGGGUAUGGUGUAAAGAGAGAACCAACAGAUGAAGACUUGAUCGUAAUGCAAAUCUUGCGUGUGAUGUCCAUGGGAGCAGGUGUGAUACCGGAUGACGGAACUGAGCAACCGGAAGGUGAAUUGACGUACAUGAGAUCACAUUUCGAACGUGUGAUCGGGUCUAAGGAUUCAGAGACUUAUUACAUGACGAAUCCUGAUGGAAACAGCGGACCAGAACUUACCAUAUUCUUUGUCAGGAUCUAACAUAAAGAUUCUUUCAGGAGACGUUGCAUGUUUAUCUCCUUAAUGUACCAAGAAUUGAGUCUAGAUAAGAAGACUGGCGAACUCUGGGCGAUUAUGCAUGGUAAGGCCAUAAUUAAGUGGUCUGUCAAGCCCAGUUUCUGCUGAGGUUGGCAAGAAAUUGCUGGAGGCCUUGUUCAUGAGGAGCUACUUACCUAGUUAAAGCUUGACGAAUUGUGUGCAUAUAUUCAAAGAUUUAACUCAAAAUUAUGGCCAAUACCAUAUUAAUGG